AUGGAUCUGCCUUGGACAGCACUCUUCCUGAGCACUGUCCUCCUGAGUCUUUCAUGCCAGGGGAUUGACUUGGAACCCGACAGAAAUUUUAUUUCGGCCGCUGGUCCUCUUACAAAUGACUUAGUGCUUAACCUGAGCCAUCCACUGGGAACCCAGGGCUCUGGUUUUGGACCUGGUAGCAAGGACUUCUACGUCUGCCAGCAGCCAUUGCCCUCUUUCUUUCCACAGUACUUGAGCAGCCUUCGUGCCAGUCAGGUCACCCAUUACAAAGUACUUCUAUCAUGGGCACAGCUUCUCCCAACGGGAAGCCCCAAGCAUCCAGACCAGGAAGCAGUGCGGUGCUACCGACAACUCCUGCAGUCCCUGAAGGCUGCCCAGCUUCAGCCCAUGGUGGUCCUGUGCCACCAGACGCCACCCACCCACGGCACCAUCCAGAGAGACAGGGACUUUGCUGACCUCUUUGCUGACUAUGCCACGUUCGCCUUCCAGUCCUUUGGGGACCUUGUUGAGAUCUGGUUCACCUUCAGCGACUUGGAGAAAGUGAUCAUGGAUCUUGCCCCGCAGGGUUCGAAAGCUUCUGCUCUCCAAACCCUCAGCAAUGCCCACAGGAAAGCCUUUGAAGUUUACCAUAGAGAGUUCUCUUCUCAGGGUGGGCUUCUCUCUGUAGCCUUGACUGGCCUGUAAACUCACCCUGAAGACUGUGCUGACCUCAAACUCAGAGAUCCCCCUGUCUCUGCCUUGCAAGACUCGGUUGACUUCCUCUCUCUUGAUUUGACUUCUACAUGCCAAAGUGUGGCAACUCUACCACAGAAGCUGAGUGACCUGCAGAACAUUGAACCCAAAAUGAAGGUUUUCAUCUAUACCCUAAAAGUUCAGGAUUGCCCAUCCACAGGGAAGAGCCCCUCCUUACUGCUCUUCAGCCUGCUUGAAGCCAUAAACAAAGACCAAGUACAGACUUUUGGGUUUGACAUCAAUGCAUUCCUGAGCUGCUCAUCCAGUUCUGAAGAGAGCCCAUCUUGUUCUCUAACCGACAGCCUGGCCUUUCAGACUGAGCAGCAGCAGGAGACAGCAGCUGUGCCCUCUUCCCCCGUCUCAGCCUACCAGAGAGUCUGGGCAGCCUUUGCUAACCAGUCUAGGGCAGAAAGGGAUGCCUUCCUGCAAGAUGUGUUCCCAGAAGGAUUCCUCUGGGGCAUGUCUACGGGAGCCUUUAGUGUGGAAGGAGCCUGGGCAGAAGGCAGCAGAGGGCCGAGCAUCUGGGACCGCUACAGUGACCUGAACGCUGCCAAGGGCCAAGCGACAGCAAAGGUGGCCAGUGACAGUUACCACAAACCAGCCUCCGAUGUGGCCCUGCUCCGAGGCCUCAGGGCUGGGGUGUACAAAUUCUCCAUCUCCUGGUCCCGACUGUUCCCCACUGGGCAGAAGAGCAGCCCCAACCUGCAAGGUGUCACCUACUACAACAGACUGAUAGACAGCCUGCUGGACUCCCACAUCGAGCCCAUGGCUACGCUGUUCCACUGGGACCUGCCCCAGGCCCUGCAGGAUCAAGGCGGGUGGCAGAACGAGAGUGUGGUGGAUGCCUUCCUGGACUAUGCAGCCUUCUGCUUCUCUACUUUUGGGGACCGUGUGAAGCUGUGGGUGACCUUCCACGAGCCAUGGGUGAUAAGCUAUGCAGGCUAUGGCACUGGGCAGCACCCACCAGGCAUCUCUGACCCUGGAGUGGCUUCUUUUAAGGCGAGCACUGAGCCAACUGAGCCACACCCUCAGGCCUGGUCAAGGCUCCUGGACUCCAAAGACAAGUUCCGGGCUGGGAGGAUUGUCCUCAGCUACAUAGCCUGUGACAGUUAUAACAAACUGGUUGACGACCUGAACAUUCUUCGCGCCCUGAAGGUCAAGGCCUAUAGGUUCUCUAUCUCCUGGCCUCGGAUUUUCCCAACAGGAACUAACAGUUCCGUCAACGAGCAAGGUGUCGAUUAUUACAACAGGCUGAUUGACGGCUUGCUGCAGAGCAACAUCUUCCCCAUGGUGACACUGUUUCACUGGGACCUGCCCCAGGCCCUCCAGGAUAUUGGAGGUUGGGAGAACUCUUCUUUGAUUGAUUUGUUCAACAGCUAUGCUGACUUCUGUUUUAAGACCUUUGGUGACAGAGUCAAGUUCUGGAUGACCUUUAAUGAGCCCUUGUAUGUGUCACAGUUAGGCUAUGGUUCAGGGGUGUUUCCCCCAAAUGUGCAGGACCCCGGCUGGGCACCUUACAGGGUCAGCCACACACUCAUCAAGGCUCAUGCUAGAGUCUACCAUACUUAUGAUGAGAAAUACAGGCAGGAGCAGAAGGGGGUCAUCUCACUGAACCUCAACACUCACUGGGUGGAACCCAAAGACCCAGGAGUCCUAAGAGAUGUGGAAGCUGCCGACCGGAUGCUGCAGUUUUCCCUGGGCUGGUUUGCCCACCCCAUUUUUAGAAACGGGGACUAUCCAGAUGUCAUGAAAUGGAAUGUGGGGAACAGGAGUGAACUGCAGCACCUGCCGGGCUCCCGCCUGCCCAGCUUCACAGAGGAGGAGAAGGCGUACAUCAGGGGCACCGCUGAUGUCUUCUGCCUCAACACCUACUCGUCCGUGUUUGUGCAGCACAGCACCCCAAGGCUGAACCCACCCAACUAUGAUGAUGACCGCGAGCUGACGGUCAGCGAUAUGGAUUCUUCGUUGACCUCUCCGUCAAUGCUCCCAGCCGUGCCCUGGGGGAUGCGGAGGCUGCUGAACUGGAUCAAGGAAGAGUAUGGGAACGUUCCCAUUUACAUCACGGAGAAUGGACAUGGGUUGUACGACCCCUCGCUGGAUGACACAGACAGGAUAUUCUACCACAAAACCUAUAUCAACGAGGCUCUGAAAGCCUACAGGCUGGACGGUGUGGACCUUCGAGGGUAUAUCGCCUGGUCGCUGAUGGACAACUUCGAGUGGCUGUCAGGCUACACGAUCAAGUUUGGGCUGUAUCAUGUUGACUUUGACAAUGUGGCCAGGCCUCGAACAGCAAGAGCCUCGGCCAGCUACUACACAGAGGUCAUUACCAACAAUGGCAUGCCCCUGGCCAAGGAGGACGAGUUUUUGUAUGGAGAGUUCCCCAAGGGCUUCAUCUGGAGUGCAUCUACUGCUGCCUAUCAGAUUGAAGGAGCCUGGAGAGCAGAUGGCAAAGGACUGAGUAUUUGGGACACAUUUUCCCACACACCACUGAAGAUUGAGAAUGACGACAACGGAGAUGUGGCCUGUGACAGUUACCACAAGAUUGAUGAGGACGUGGUGGCCCUGCAGAACCUGGGUGUGUCCCACUAUCGGUUCUCCAUCUCCUGGCCUCGAGUCCUGCCAGACGGAACCACCAGGUUCAUCAAUGAAGCAGGCAUGUCUCAUGUCACUGGCUUCCUGAGCGAUGGUGGAUAGAACAUUGUUCUGGCUUCCCCGCAGGUGACCAUACAUCACUGGGACCUGCCCCAGGCACUGCAAGACAUUGGGGGCUGGGAGAAUGAGACAAUUGUGCAGCUGUUUAAGGAGUAUGCAGAUGUGCUCUUCCAGAGGCUGGGGGACAAGGUGAAGUUUUGGAUGACAUUGAAUGAGCCCUACGUCAUUGCUGUUCAUGGCUAUAGCACUGGGUUGUAUGCUCCAGGAAUCUCCUCCAGGCCUGGCACGGCUCCAUACACUGUCGGCCACAACCUAAUAAAGGCUCACGCUGAGGCUUGGCAUCUCUACAAUGACAAGUACCGUGCCAGUCAGGGAGGCGUGAUUUCCAUCACCAUCAGCAGUGACUGGGCUGAGCCCAGAAAUCCCUUUAAGCAGGAGGACGUGGAGGCUGCCAGGAGGCACGUCCAGUUCAUGGGAGGCUGGUUUGCACACCCCAUCUUCAAAAACGGAGAUUACCCGGAGGUGAUGAAGACACGGAUCCUUGAAAGGAGCCUGGCAGAGAACCUCACCAAGUCAAGGCUCCCUGAAUUUACAGAGAGCGAGAAGAAGAGGAUCAACGGCACCUUUGACUUUUUCGGGUUCAACCACUACACCACUGUCCUGGCCUACAACCUCAACUAUCCUGCUGACAUCUCUUCCUUUGAUGCAGACAGGGGUGUUGCCACUACUGCAGAUAGCUCAUGGCCAGACUCUGGCUCCUUCUGGCUGAAGAUGACCCCUUUUGGCUUCCGGAGGAUCUUGAACUGGCUGAAGGAAGAAUACAACAACCCUCCAAUAUAUAUCACAGAGAAUGGGGUGACCAGACGAGGGGACCCAGAACUCAAUGAUACCGACAGGAUCUACUACCUCCGCAGCUACAUCAAUGAAGCCCUCAAAGAUGCUGAACCCACUGCCAGCCCUGUGAAGGCAGAAGUGCCCUUCCUGGGGCUGAUGCUGGGCAUCACAGAAGCACAGACGGCAUUGUAUGUGCUCUUUGCUCUUCUGCUUCUUGGAGUCUGUAGCUUGGUGUUUCUAUUGUACAAAUACUGCAAGCGCUCCAAGCAACGGGAAACACAGCCAAGCCAAAGUGAGCUGAGUCCAGUGUCUUCCUUCUGA